AUGUUGCGCCUGAUGGCCGCGUUCGUCCUCCUUUCGCCGUUGGUGGCACUCGCCGACUUCAGCUGUGCGCUGCAGAAGCGCGCAGCGCCAAGUGGCUUGAGCGUCGACGAGGAAUCGACGAAGCCAACGCAGCCCACGGGACCCUAUGAGCUCUUGGAGGCAGCGUGGUCCACUCCUGGCGUGCACUUCCGGCAGUGCGAGAAGCCAAGAGCCCGGCUGCUUCAAGGCAAGAGGGCCGACUUGACCAACAUUGUCAAUGGCUGGGCCAUUCUGCCCGAGAAGGUACAGUGCCCUCCGUCCGAGAUGCCGAUCGGCGACUUUGUUGACCAGGGGCUGGGCUACCAGUUCUCGUGCUGCAAAGCUGGGGACCAAUGUUCCGGAUGUCGCAAGAUUGAGAACGGAAGCUGUGUGGGGUGUGCCGCAGGGUAUGUGAAGCAGUUGAUUCCGGUUCUCAACGUCUCCAUGUGCUUCCAAUGCGACAACAUUCCAUGGCAUGAUGCCAGCGGCUUAACAUGUCAGGACUACCAGGACCGUGGUUUCUGCCCAGGCUUCACAAAAGCGGGCUUUGACCAACCGUUCCAGGGCCUGAGCCCGAGCGAGGCUUGCUGUGCCUGCGGUGGCGGUAGCGUGCGCUCUACUCCCAGCCUCAUGCCUUUGGCGGAAGAGGCGCUGUACGAGGGCCAAAGCAUCGAAAGCUUCCCACAACCUCAGGCAUACGGCACAACCGUCGGACCAGAGUGCAACCUAGCAGAGAUGGGCCUCCAUCUCAGUGAGUCUGGCAAGAUUUCCGGACAUGUCGCUUGGUCCAGUGGACGCCAGCCGACGCAGAUCAAAUGCUCUGUUGGGCUGACGCAAGAUCCCAUGCGUGGGCUUUUGAACACCAUCAGCCUGGAGGUGCCUGUCACCUCGAUCUCCUACGGCAAGCAAAUACUCUUGUUCAAGUACUGGGGCCUGGAUGGUGAAUCUGUCGACAGGUUUCCAGUGCAGUAUGCACCCAUCCCAAAUGGAUGGGAAGACUUCCGUCUUCAGUGCAGCCCAACCUGCCCCUGGCUCGAGCUGCAAGCCAAUGGCACAUUGCGUGCUGGGCUACUUGCAAGCCAGCUCGACGUGAACCAGCAAACGCAGCUGAAAGUGUUGGUCUGCACAGGCUUCGUUUUACGGAAGCUGUGUCGUUCUGGCCCUGGAACACUUGGCCAGCAAGAACAUCCAUGGCGACUUGAAGAUGGAGAACAUUCUCAUCGACUCUACAGGCUACCCGAAGCUCAUCGAUUUCUCUGA